GGAGAGAAGGAGGGUGGUUAGAUGGGUGGUGUGCGCGGGAGACGAGAUUCAACCACGAGAGAAAAGCUCUACAAUGUACCGCAGUACGGGAUAGCGAGUCAGACAACUCUCGUGGUGGUGGUGGUGGUGGUGGUGAUGAUGAUGGUAAUGGUAAUGGUGGUGUGAGAAAAGCAAGCAGCCAUCUAGGAACACGACAUAUAUUAUUGGCCCAACAACUCACACGCAAGGAAAAGAACAACGAGUUUGUAGUGCAUAAGAAUUUUUUCAUAGGGCCGGCCAAAACGUUUGAUCCCGAAAUUCGGCCAUUUCCAAAUUUCUCAGUUAAUUUAGAAUCAAUUCGGAGUCAAUCUAGUACUUUUCUGUUCUUGUCCACGAAACUAUAUACUCGUACACGAGCUCUCUCCCUUCCUUCCCCCCCAUCCUCACCCUCUCACUCUCUCACUCUCUCUCUCUCUUUACGUGUGUAUUUCUCUCUCAAAGCAUCGACGUUGUUUCGAUCCAAAGCUUUUAGCUGGCUUCCGCCCUUUGCCUCUCUCGUGACUGUGAGUGUUUAGAAGGAAGAUUCCUCUUUUGGCAUAGUUAUAACGAUAAAUGGGACAAGUGACAACGAGGUAAUGAAGAUGUAAACUUAAGGACACUAUUAUUGGUUAAUCAAAAGAAUAAUCACCCCUACGGAUCUUAUUUAUAAAAUUUACUUUUUAUAUUCUCCGUUAUGCGUGUCAUCCUAUAAGAAUUAUUUUUUUUUUUGUUCGAUUAAUCGAUUGGUAAGACAGAAGGUGAGAAAUUACAAGGAACAAUCAACGUGAAUCUCGAGGAUUACGUGUAAUCGUAAUAUAUAAAAAAAAAGAAUGUUUUUCUACAAUCAGUUUGGAGUAUAGAUCGUCAACGUCUGACUUUUGGAUUCGUCACACAGUGACACAGAAAAUAAAAAAAAAAAAAUCAAGGCACGCUGUUUAACUGGGACAUCUUCAUAUAUCUAAUACGCAUAUACAUAUAUAAAAGAGCAAACCUUUUUUUCAAAUCGUUGGUAAUUAUUGUUGAUACUUAUAUUUAAUAAGAUUAAUACAGUUGUUGUUAUUAUUGUUACGAGAAAAAAAGUAAUUUAAAUUCGUUGGGAGGAAAUGGUUAGGGUGGGACGUUGAGCAUGCCUCGGCCAACUAUGAAUGAACGUUUCCAAGCAACGUGGUGGUGUGGUGGUGAUCUACGUAAGAAUCAAAUCGCGUGAGCGUGCGUUUGGCAAAUGUGUUUGCAUUAGUUGCAUCAACGUUAUCGGAGAACAAGUAUAAUUUAACAUUAAAUACGGUAAGAACGUCGAAGUCGUUUUUGCUGCCGGCUGACCGUGACCUUCGCUCUAUCUCACUCUCUCUCUCUCUUUUUCUCUUACUCCCACUGUUGAACGAGCACCAAGCAAAGCAUUUUAUGACGUAUCCAGGUCAGUAGCGGAAAACGACGAAGUAAAUUACCGUUUUCUCAGUAUCCUCGGUGUUGACGUACGGUACGGAUCGUCGACAAAAAAAAAAAAGAAAAGAACCGCAGUAAGAUCAUCAAUUGCAAGAUCAGUAUUCUGUCGUAUUUCUGACCGCCAUGAUCCCCUUUACAAAAUGAUCUCCUCUAUAGUGCCGAAAAGAAGGUGUGCGCGCGCGCGCGCCCCCCCAACUAACACCACAUUGUCCCAGUCGUCCAAAAAACACACGCGCGAAUUUUAAUAGGAGAAACCAAACCGAUGAAAAACGUUGAAUAAUAUAUUUUCUAUCCUUGUGUGAUCGCGAAGACAGAUUAUUUAUUUAAUCUAUCUCGUAACGGUGUUAACGAGUUGUGGACAUUCUAUUUCUCGUGAAUAAUGGUUGAAAAAAAUGAUGAGAUAAAUCGUUUAAACGUUCGAUAUUAUUAAUAGCACGAUUUUUUGUAGAUAACUUAUUUAACGCGUAUGUCAACUGAAAUAAGAUUUGUUAUAAGAUAAUUUGCUCGUCUUUUAUAAUUGCAUAAGAUUUGUUAACAACUGAUAUUGUUUUUAUCAUACAUUAACUAAAGAAGAACUAUAUUUGAUGUGAAAUUGUUCAAGAAUUUGCAUACUUUCUUACGAAGGAUUUACGAUUGUAAUCCGGUUAAUCUAAUCGUUGAAAUAUCGAAGAUAGUUAUUGUUGAAUUAGGGCAUCGUCGUGUUACUUUGUUGCGUGCCCACCCAACCCCCCCAAUAUAUUCUUGUUGAAAACCGUAUUUGCAUUAAAAGUUUGAUAAAUUAAGGACGACCGUGGGAAUUUGAUGUUAGCUUUAUUCGUCUUCGGUAAACGUAAGAUAUUCGAUUCGAUAAUUCUAACACGUACGAGAUUACUAUUCAGAUAGUAAAAGUAUUUCAUGAAUGUUAAAGCUCAAUUUUUAAACGAACGGAAGAAGAAAAAAGAAAAAGAAGGCAAGGGGACACAUUAAUAAUGUUUUACGAAUAGUUUUAUCAGUAUAUGUGUGAAGGAACGAUAAUAAAUAUAAAUGAGAUCGUUAGCACCUUAUUUCUCGGUUUAUCUCGUACGAAUGAUCGAUCAGAGUUAUUUGAACAAAUUGAAAAUUUCCUUGUUAGGAUCGUAGAGGAUAUAAAUCUAGUUUUUAUGGAAAUUGGAUGAAAACGAAUGUGAGUUACGGGCAAGUAAUAAUACGUCAUUGUCAUACAUUAUUUCUCCCCUCGCGUUCUAUCAUUCGAAAAUAUUUUCUUAAAUAAUCGAAACUUAUUAGAUUUUAAAAAAAAAAAAAAAAGGAUAAGGAUAAAAGAAAUAAAAAAAAAAUAACAUAAAUAAGAUAAUAUAAGUAGGAAAUCGUGAUAAAACGUAAAGAUAAACGUAAAUAAUCCAAGAAAAAAAAAAGAAAAGAAAUAAGAGAAUAAGAAAGGGGAAGGGAAAAGCUCGGUGAGAAAAAAGGCUCGAGUUUCCGAGUGAGUUUCAUCAUGAAAGGAAGCGCUACGUGCGAUCGAUGUAAUCGAUGCCCGGAUCAAAGAACAAAUUGGAGAAACAGAAGAGAGGACCGCCUAAGAUCGAGAUAUCUGUCACGGGGUUAUCGAACGAGGAGAGCAAAGUGAGGUUAACCAGAAGGAUUGAUAAAAAUAAAGAUGAGGAGGAAACGAUUAGAUCAAAUAGAUCUAACGAAUCAACGAUAGGACAGAUAAUCGGGUUAUUGAAGAAACGUAAAAAGCCUCGGGACCCAUUACCGGGUGCUAACGCAUCCUCAACGGUACCUUUGCUCGAAAUGGGAGCUCGAGGAUGGGAUUAUGAAGCUUUACCGGAAUUGCAUAGUUCAACUGCGGUUACGCCAACCUCGACACCACCUAAUGCUCAACAAAAGGCACACUCACCUAAGGUUUAUUUUCAAACUGAUAAUUUGGCUUCUACGAGAAGACGAAGUAGUUCGAGAUUAAUCGUACCCCAGACGUCAUGCAGAAGACGAAGUCGAAGCAUGAGCGCGUGGAGCGAUCUAUCUAGGUCAUCUUUCAGAUUGGACGAAAGGUAAGUGGCAAAUCAUAAUAAGCGGAUUUCGUUAAAUACCUGCCACGUGAGUACACUUUCUUUCUCGAUAUUCAAUUAUACGAGAGAUAAUGAGUUAAUUAUAAGAAAAAAAAAUCAAUUUUAUUUCCACUUUAUUAUUUCAUGUAAAAAUGUAAAAAUCAUUAAGAAAGCAGUAAAAUGCAGUGGAGCACUCAAGGUCUUAUAGAUUUAUAAUAUAUUUAUUUUUAUAACGUCUAGUGUGUGUUUCUCUCACGAAAUGGAAGAAAGCUGUUUGCAUUGAAUAUAAUGCAAGGAAGGUGUGUGUUUUUAAAGUAAAUUGUAACUCGUCAUUCGCAUCUUCCAAAUGGAAACGUUGAGUUAACACAUUUUUCACUUGUACGUUAUAUACAACGCGAUCUACUAAACUAGAAUAUAUUUUGUGAUGUACGAAAAGUAUAUAAAAAAGGAAAAAGAAAACAUCUCAGGAAAUUAUCUUGUCAAUAACGCACAUUCGUAUAGAAAAUA